CUCGUAGCUGGUAGCGUGGAGUUCACAGCAGAGCAGAAGGAGAGGAGGUCGCUGUAGUAGUGUGGAAAAAAAGUUACAGAAACUCGAAAGUGAACCGUCUCCGAUAGUGUCGUUUCAUGGUGACAAACUCCAGAUUCUAAGGUAACUCGCUGUUGGUAUGAAACAGUCACUAAACGGGUAAAACAACAACAUUUAUCUCGGGCUCGCUGACUUCUGCAUGGUCGCUAGCUAGCUAACGUUAGCCGAAGGAGCUACUUGGCUAGCUGGCUAGCGGGGUCCAGCCCAAAAGUUGUUUACCUCAACUUUUAGAUGUGGUCACCCCUUGAGUUAUUCACGAAUUUUCUCUGGGAUAAGAGAGCAAGGACCAAAACUUCACACUGGAUUUAACACUGCGCGCUGUUAGGAAACUAGCAGGAUGUCCGCAGAGGUUGAGUGUAGUCAGGUUGAGUCUGGUUUGACAGCGGCCAGCUCCGGCGGAGGAGCGGAGAAGAACCAAAACAAGUCCGCAGGGUCUCCGCUGCAGAAAGCGGCCAGAGAACACGAAGAGCACGGCCAGACGAGCUCCGAGAGCCAGCAGCCGGGUGGCCACAGUACCGAAGAAGCCAAAAGCCCUGCGGACAUGCACAAGAAAUGCAAAGAAAACGACAAAGAAAACGACCAAAGCGGCAACGCUGACUCUGCUGUCGAGACCGUGAAGCGGAAAGUGGUGGAGGCUCCACCACCCAAAGUCAACCCCUGGACUAAGAGGACCACGGGGAGAGUGCCGAUCAACAAUAUCACCUCCAGCUCCCAGGAGAAAGAUCAACAGAAUGCCCUGAAAGUCGUUCGUGCCAGCAAACCCAGAACGAGAAAAUCCAGCAAGUCGAGUGAUUUCAGCGAUAUCACAAACUGGCCCACACCUGGUGAAUUGGCCAAAGAGCAGCAGCAGAAUGUCCUCAACAACAACGGAAAGAAGCCUCCAUCCUCACGCCGAGACAAGGACAAGAGGAGGGAGCGACCGGACAGGAAGUCUGAGAGCAGCCACGACGGUGGCGAGAGCAAAGAGAACCAGGAGGCUCAGCCUGACCCGCUGGCAGACCUGCCCAAAGACGGGGAGUCCAAGACCGGACCGGAUUCGAAGAACAGCAACCUGAAGAAGAGAGGAGGUAACAAACGUAAGUGGGUUUCUCUGCCGCUGGAGGAAGCGUCCCGGGACGAAGGCGCCAAGACGCCAGGCGGGGGCCCGACACGCUCGGACACAGAGCCCACCAGCGACUCACCUGACCCCGCGUCGCCCAAUCACACGCUCCAUAAUAACAGGGCGCAUGAUAGCAGCAGGAGUUGGAGAAGAGAGCCGAGGGAGUUUGGAGACGACACCGGCAGCGUCCGAAGCGACAACGGGAGCGUCCGUGGGGGAAUCCGGGGCCGAGGGAAAGGUCGCGGGCGUGGCAGAGGUCGUGGUCGAGGUCGUUAUGAAUUCUCCAGCUACAGAGAGUCUCAGUCAACUGACGGUUCGAAUGUUCAAGUCCCCGCAGAGUUCGGUACCAACAUGGUUUAUUACUACGAUGACGGAAACAAGGUCCAGAUGUACACGGUGGACGAAAAACUUCUUAAAGAAUACAUCAAACGCCAAAUCGAGUACUACUUCAGCCUCCACAACCUGGAGCGAGACUUCUUCCUGAGGAGGAAAAUGGACGCGCAGGGCUUCCUCCCCAUCUCCCUCAUCGCCAGCUUCCACCGAGUCCAGGCCCUGACCACCGACAUCAGCCUCAUCAUGGAGGCUUUGAAGAGCAGCACAGAGGUGGAGCUGGUGGAGGACAGAGUUCGCUGUAAAACCGACCCGGAGCGUUGGCCCAUCCCCGUCCCUCAGGUGGUGGGUUCACCUCGCACGGACUUCUCCCAACUCAUCAACUGUCCUGAGUUUGUUCCACGACAGACGCUCAACUCUACAAACACCGCUUCAUCGCCUGUAAAGGAGACCCUUCCUGUUUCCUCUGAGCCUCAGGACUCGGCCGAGCGUGGCUCCUCGAAGCAGGACCCCCUCCCAUCCAAAGACUCCGCCGCUAAACUGGACCCCGACGCCUGGAUCCAGGUGGAGAAACGCCACCGGCACACCUCUGGAAAGGCCAAGGAACGUAGUGAAGCUCCACGGCCGAGCCUCCAGACUCCACAGACCGAACCAGACCAGGAGGAACUGGACUUCCUGUUCGAUGAGGAGAUGGAGCAGAUGGCACCGAGGAAGAACAAGUUCACCGACUGGUCAGAUGAGGACGAUUCAGACUACGAGCUGGACGAUCAAGACAUCAACAAGAUCUUAAUCGUCACCCAGACCCCUCCCUACCUUCAACACCCCGGUGGCGACCGGACCGGCAACCAUGAGUCCCGGGCCAAGAUCACAGCAGACCUGGCCAAAGCCAUCAACGACGGGCUUUAUUACUACGAGCAGGACCUGUGGAAGGGUGAGGAGCAGCUGGAAUGUAAUAAGGAAGUGGAGAAUUUUAAGAAGCUGAACGUCAUCAGUAAAGAUGAGUUUGACACCCUCACUCCAAAAGUGCCUGUCGACCCCAACCAGGAAGUCCCGCCCCCACCCAUGCCAGUGGACAGCGGUGCAGAAAUGGCCCGUUCACUGCCUAAAACGGUCCCAGACUCACCCACCACACACCAACCACGAACCCCUAGAACGCCACGGACCCCCGGACGCCAGGACCCCAACAAGACGCCCCGGUUCUACCCGGUCAUAAAGGAGAGCGGCAACAUCGACGGACAGAUGCCGAGGAAGAAGAAGACCCGCCACAGUUCAAACCCGCCUCAGGAGGCCCACAUCGGAUGGGUCAUGGAUUCCCGUGAACACCGGCCUCGCUCCGCAUCCAUCAGCAGCUCCAAUGCUUCUCCAUCAGAGGGAGCGCCACUGACAGGAAGUUACGGCUGCACCCCCCAGUCUCUGCCCAAGUUCUGGCAUCCAUCCCACGAGCUGCUGAGGGACAAUGGCUUCACCCAGCAGGGAUACCACAAGUACCGCCGACGGUGCCUUACUGAGAGGAAACGGUUGGGUAUUGGCCAGUCUCAGGAGAUGAACACCCUGUUCAGGUUCUGGUCCUUUUUCCUGAGGGACAACUUCAACAGGAAGAUGUACGAGGAGUUCAAACAGUAUGCGCUGGAAGAUGCCAAAGAAAACAACAGGUACGGACUGGAGUGUCUGUUCAGAUACUACAGCUACGGUUUGGAGAAGAGAUUCAGGUUAGAGCUGUUCAAGGACUUCCAGGAGGAGACGCUCCGAGACUUUGAGAAAGGUCAGCUGUACGGUCUGGAGAAGUUCUGGGCCUUUUUAAAAUACUCUAAGAUUAAGAACCAACCCAUCGACCCCAAGCUGCAGGAACACCUCUCCCAGUUUAAGAACCUGGAGGACUUCAGGGUGGUGCCCCCCAUGGGAGAGGAGGGAGGGAGGAGGAGACGUCACUCGUCCUCGGCCGGGGAUGAAGGGAGGCGUCGGCGACAUCCUUCCAACUCUACCUCAAAGCCUGCGCAGGCAUCCAAGGCCUCCGGCAGCACCGCCCCGCCCGCCGCCGCCGCUCAGAGCGCCCCACCCAAAGACAACGCCCCAAAACCAGCCCAGGCAGCACCACCUGCCCAGGGGAAGAAACCAGAACCAGGAGGGGGGAAGAAGGAAAGCGCUGCACCAAAUAAAUGAAGCCCCCUCCCUCCCCACGUGUCGGAGGGGGUUUGGAAAUGAGAUCCAGAGCGACGCAGCGGCUCUGAGCUGCUCAUUUCAGCAGCAAAACAUAUGAAGAGAGACCGUUUGAGAGCGUGGUUGACUUAAUUUGGCUGUUUUUAUCAGUGCAUUUCAUUUUAAAGCGAGCAUAGGCAGUGAGCUUGAAUCUGUGCGCCUCAUAACGUUUACAAAAAAAUGCAUUCCCUGCAUUUUGUCUUUACUCUCUCAGAUGCCAAAACUCUAAACAGCACAGCCUGUUGACGUGUGAUUCUAUUUGCCAAGAUCAGAGAUGCUGCAACAGUUCAGUCCUGUGUGCCUUAAUCUGACUCACCAGAAACAGCCAGAGUGCGAUUAGACACAAAAUUAUUCAAAUUCUGCUUCUUUUUUUUUUUUUUUUUAAGUCUUCCUGAUUAAUUCUGACCUGAAUCCUGUGUUUAAAACUGACACAACUCCGUUUCUUUUUUUUUUUUUUUUUUUUCCUCAUGACAAUCAAGUUGAGAUCUGUAUUAAUUUGUGAAGGACUGACGCCGAGGCUGCUGCUCCGUUAACCGACGUGCCCUGACGCAUCACAGCUGAACUGGUUUUUAAUUCAAACCUGCAAGGAAAAAAAAAACAUCAUUAGAAAAUGAUAUUUUUUCUGGGAAGCUUUACUUAAGUCCCGUUUUUACACCCAGAGAUAGUAUAAUUUAUUGUUUUAUUUUUGUGUUAUUUUUUCCAUUUACUUGAUUGAUGGAAUAGUCUUAGGUAAUCAUUGCAGUUUUUAAUGGCUUUUGCUAUUGAAUAUGAUAAAAUUGAGAUGUUUCUGCUGAAAUAAUGGGUGUGAGCUAGCAACAUAAAACUAUAUUUUAGCUUGAAGUUGACUUCGUAUUAUGUUUGAGGUUUGGUGCUUUAGAGCACUUAAAUCCUUCACUUUCCUUUCUUUCAUCGAACGACUUUAAAGAGGUUUUAGAAUUGAAUUUAAAGAAAAAAUGUAAAUACUAUAAAAAUCAUUUGCUAUUCAAUUAUUCUUUUGAUUUUAAGAAGUGAUUUGUUUUAUCGGUAGUGUGGUUUUGAGUGAGUUUUAGGAUAAAGCAAUGCAUGUUAAUGCCUUGAAUUGUAAAAUGCAAAAAAAUAUAAAAUAACAGUUGAUUGUAA